CAUUUGUACUCCGUCGUGUAAGAACGGAGGGACUUGUUCCCAAUCAAGACAGUGUCAGUGUCCAAGUACCUAUCGAGGAAGUGACUGUGGGGAUCCUGUCUGUAGGUCCGGCUGUCUAUUUGGGACUUGUAUACGUCCUGACGUCUGCUCUUGCUACCCGGGAUACACUGGUAGUCUUUGCAAUACACCAACAUGUCAUCCAGCUUGUCAGAAUGGAGGCACCUGUGUAAGUCCAAAUACAUGUAGUUGUCCAAACGGAAUGUACAGUGGUCUGAGAUGCAAAGAACCUAUUUGUGAUCCGUCAUGUAAGAACGGAGGGACUUGUUCAAAAUCAAGACAGUGUGUUUGUCCUAGUACCUAUCAAGGAAGAGAAUGCGAAAUUCCUGUUUGCAGUCCUAAAUGUAAGUUUGGUUCCUGUAAAGGUCCUAACUUCUGCUCUUGUUACCCGGGGUACACUGGUGAACUUUGCGAGACACCUAUCUGUAACCCUGUUUGCCAGAAUGGAGGCAGUUGUGUCAGUCCGAAUACAUGUAACUGUCCAGCGGGCAAGUACACUGGUCCGGGAUGCAAUAUUCCCAUUUGUAUCGCGUCAUGUAAGAAUGGAGGGACUUGUUCCCAAUCAAGACAGUGUCUUUGUCCUCCGAAUACCUAUCGAGGAAGUGACUGUGGAGAUCCUGUUUGUAAACAACCUUGCCUGAAUAAUGGUACAUGCAUUUACCCUGACGUAUGUUCAUGUGACGAGACUUAUACGGGGCCUGUUUGCGAAACACCCAAGUGCUCCUAUCAUUCUCCAUGCUUUCCUGGUACGUGUGGUAAUGAUUCUGUAACUUGUCAAUGUUAUCAAGGGUUUUCUGGUCUGGAUGGAAUUCAGCGAUGCAGGGAACUGACUUCAGAAAGACGUCCAACAAUAAUUCAAUGCACGUCCGUUCUUGCUAAUAUUGAAAGAACUGGACAGAAGAUAGAACGCUACCGCUUUAUAACGGAUUCAUCCGAACCAAACUCCACAAGAGUAGAUACAUUAUGGCUUAGUCAAAAGGAUUACAAUUACAUAAACGUCACAUUUGCCGCCUUUUAUACAGGACCGGAGAAUCUGGUAGUUCCAGAAUAUGUCAAAGGGUACAAAUUUGGAAUUACGUCAGGAAAAAUUCAAAUUGAAUUAUGGAAAGUUGAUAGAAAGGAUCAAAACAAACCUUAUGUGAGCAAAAAUGAGAUCAAAAACUGUAAUUACCAACCCGGAUCACUUCAUCCAAACGACGAUGUUUUUCAGUGCAACUUCACAAAUGAAAACUUUGACAGGCUAUUGGAAAACGGCGACAAUUUAACGAUAACUGUUAUUGCUGAAAACGGAGGGUAUCGAGAACUUGAAGGACCAGGAACUCAGUUAAAGAAGGAUCCUUUCAUUGGCCAAAGUAGCACAAAAUCAACAAUGUUUCGUUUUGACUUCAAGAAACCGCGUCAUUGCCUUCAAGAGAGAAACUGCUCAGAAAAAGCUUUGGAUGUAACAGAAGAUAUAACAAAGUCCCCGAUAAAAUUGAUUUGGAACAACUGGAUGGAUGAUCUCUCAGGACUAAAAGGGUACAAACUACAGGUUUAUUUGCUUAAACCGAAUACAACGUAUCUUUCUGAACCAUAUCCCUGGAACCCACUUCAAGAAAAACCAUUCAGUGUGACAGAGUCGAGAUAUAGCUACACGCCUCCACAGCCAGGGAUGUAUUCGUUUAUUUUAAACGUGAUAGACAAUGCUAACAAUACACAGUACGCUCGCACCUUGGUCUUGUAUGAUCCUUCAUCAAGCAUCACUCUGUCGACCUCACCGUUCAUUGCCACAAGUGCUGAACCAGAGACAAACUAUUUGUGGCAAAAUAAUCUAAAAAAUAACAUUACAGUGUCAUGGAAAGGACACUUUGAAAACAAAUUUCACGAUACAAAUAAACUUCUGAAUAAUGUUUCACAUUAUCAACAUUUUGAUCAUAUGACAAAAUACGAAAAACAGGUGCCACAGCAACUGGAUGAUAAGACGGGGAAUAGAACGCUGGGAGGUAUACCAAAUAUUCGUGGUAUAGUGAAAUUUGACUAUUUCCAUAGGAAUGGAAACCAGGGCAACAGGACGCCCACGUCAUGGACUCCAGUAGGAAAUAUAUCUUUAGAAAGCCAAACAUUCUUUAUAGACCGAAAAGAUGGAAAUGCGAUAAAUUUCUGGGUCAAGGCUACUGAUGUCAUGGGGAAUGAAAAAGUAGACAUGACAAAGAUAUUCUUUGAUUCCACUCCACCAGAGGCUUUGGCAGACUCAGAUGUGAAAUUCACACGCAACACUAAAUCACCUACCUAUGACUUUUCGAGUCGAUUGCAGGUAGAUGCAUUUGAUAGAAAUAGCGGAAUUCAUAAAGUCCAUUUGAAGCUACUAGCAAACAGCAGCAACGAAUUAUUCCAUGGAACUUAUAUAAAAGGGAAUAAAUCCUAUAUUGAUGUUAGAAAAGAAGGAUACCAGUUACCUAUGGGAGAUUACUAUUAUUAUAGUCAUUAUAUUGACAUCAACAACUGCUGGAUGGUGGUGUCGAAGGAAAAAUUCGCUGAUGAGUUUGUUUUGUUAAAUUUGACCGUAUACAACAACGCGAUGAUAACUACCCAUUACAGUAAGACG